GCAGGAGGACACCCGGGACUCGGUCUCAGCCACCGCUGGGGCGCGAGGUCGUCCGGAAAGUUCGCUGGAGACUAGUGCAACUUUUCCCGGGGCCUCCCUCCGGAUCCCUGGAACCGGAGAAUUCCCGUCAGCGAAUGAGCGUCGGGGAGCAGGCCGGUUCCGGCCGUCCCCGGUUGGGGGACUAUCCCUUCGACCCUGCACAGCCCCCUAGGCUAGCCCUUUCCCUAGGUUACCACCAGGACCACUUUGCCCCAGUUUCAGCCCAGAGCUUGUCAGAUGGGACAAACUUCAAACGCUGACCUUUUACACAGCGGGAGUUGAGGCCGCUACUCCACUGCCCUGACCCUCUCUAGUUCAUCGUGUGCGCCUAGCCUGGGAUCGCCUGACCUCCUUCUGCUGUCAGGCUCCAAGGAGGGAGAGGUGACCAGUCAUUACAGGAGCCAGACCUCUUCCCACAGACUACGGAGUUUUAGGGAGAGCCUUCCUGGGGGCUGGGAGGCCUCCCAAGGUGGGGGGUGGGUGUGUUGUGACAGAAGACUCCGCCCCCACAGCCUAGCAGGGGGUCACUUGUUGCUGAGAUGCAGCUAGCUCCCAACGCAGCAAUCCGGCGCCGGAGACCAACCCCUGCCAUGCUGUUCAGGGUCUCAGAGCACUCCUCACCAGAGGAGGAGGCCUCCCCCCACCAGAGAGCUGCAGGAGAGGGGCACCACCUCAAGUCGAAGAGAUCCAACCCCUGUGCCUACACACCCCCCUCGCUGAAAGCUGUGCAGCGCAUUGCUGAGUCUCACCUGCAGUCCAUCAGCAACUUGAAUGAGAACCAGGCCUCAGAAGAUGAUGAACUGGGAGAGCUACGAGAGCUGGGUUAUCCAAGAGAGGAAGAGGAGGAUGAGGAUGAAGAUGAUGAAGAAGAGGAGGAGGAAGAAGACAGCCAGGCUGAAAUCCUGAAGGGCAGCAGAAUGUCUGCUGGGCAGAAGACAAACUAUGGCCAGGGUUUGGAGGGGCCCUGGGAACGCCCACCCCCUCUGGAUGAGUCCCAGAGAGAUGGCAGCUCUGAGGACCAAGUGGAAGACCCAGCACUACAUGAGCCAGGGGAUGAGCCUCGGCGCCCUGCCCCACCUGAGCCUGGCACAUAGGUCCUCAGCCCUGCAUCUCCCAGGAGGAUGUGGAGGGGGCAUCACUGUUGUCCAGAAACCCACUCUGUCCCCAUCCUGUUUUGUAUCCUUCCCCUUACCUGCUAGGGCUGCGGCUUCUGACUUCUAGAAGACUAAGGCUGGUCUUUGUCUGCUUGUUUGCCCAUCUAUGGCUAAUACCCAGAGAACCUGGGCACUUGCCGCCCAACGUCUUCCCCUGCCAGUCAUUUCCCUAGUGGGAGGUGGGAUAUGAGAGCUCAGACUGGAAAAUCCAGGAAACCCGCCAGGUAUAAUCUCAUGCCUGUAAUCUUAGCACUCUGGGAGGCCAAAGCAGGUGGAUUGCCUGAGCUCAGGAGUUCAAGACCAGCCUGAGCAAGCGCAUGACCCCAUCUCUAUUAAAAACAGAAAAACUAGCUACUUCGGAGGGUGAGGCAAGAGGAUUGCUGGAACCCAAGAAUUUGAGCUUGCUGUGAGCUAUGAUGAUGCCAUGGCACUCUACCCAGGGCAACAGAGCAAGACUCUUGUCUAAAAAAAAAAAGGAAAAAAAAGAAAAGAAAAUCCAGGAAACCAGGAACAUGGAUUUGUCCUUCACAAUUCUACUCCUCAGAUCCUCUCCCCUGGGCACAGGAGUCCCACAGGGCAGGACCCUAAGAUUUGGGGAAGGAAGGUACUGAGGACCUGUAGGUACCCUUAGAUCCACCUCCAUCCCCUCUCCUAUGGGAGAUUUGAAGUCAUCACCCGUCUCCUCACGGGCUUGUACCAGGACCCAGGACUCAGGCAUCUUACACAGCCUCAACAUUUUGGAAAUCUUCCCCUUAUUACCCCUGCUCUUCGUGGGUGCCUGGAAGAUGGACUGGCAGAGGCUGCUUUGUUGCAUUUUGUGUGUGCUUUGAUGCUGGGAAUGCCGCCUAGUAUACAUCCUUGGGGGAGUACGCAGUGAGGGGAGCCAGGUUCUCCUUAUCCCUUAGCUGCUCUACCUCCUUCCCCUUCUUCCCUGACUCCAGGCCUGUACCCUUUCAGUGCUGUAAGCUGUAAUAAAUCUUUGUAAAUAA